AUGGCAACAUACACCUCCAUCAUGCGGUUCAUCGAACCCUGGUCCCAGAAUAAGGAAAUACCCUUCAUCAGGACCAACGCACCCCCUGGAUACGACUACAUGAACUUCAAAUGGGUUGAUUGUCCUGUUCACAUCACGGAUGCACGGCCGACAAAGGACAGCUUCACCCUUGACCAGCAUGGAUUCGCCUACAGGGACGACCCGGAAGGCGCAACGCCGGAGAUACUGCAGCUUCUCCGCGACAACAACGACGCAGAGAAGAUCCGCAAGGUGUACUACUCGCACAUUGAGCAGCUCGUCAAGAGAGAGACCGGUGCCUCCCGGGUGAUCAUCUUCGACCAUACCUCGCGCAAACGGCGUCCGGAAUUGGGCACGUAUGAGAAUCCAACAGGAAAGGAGCAGCCGGCAACGAUGGUGCACUGUGACCAAUCAACCAAAGGCGCCCUCCGCCGACUGCAGCAGAAUGUCCCCGAUCAUAUGGAGGCCCUUAAGAACCGGGUGAUAAUGAUCAAUAUCUGGCGUCCUCUCCGCGGCCCCGUCGAGGAUUGGCCUCUCGCCACCAUGGACUAUCGCACUUGUGAUCCAGACCUGAUCUAUCCGACGGAUCUGCUCGACAAAGCCGACGACUAUCGCGGCCAGACGGUCACGUUCGGCCACGCGGAUGAGCAGCGGUGGUACUACUUGGACCAUCAGCGGACGGACGAGGUGACCAUGAUUAAGAUCUGGGAUAACCAGGAGGGGGUUGAAGCUAAGCUGUGCCCUCAUGCAGCGUUCAAGCACCCAGAGACGCCUGCGGAUGCGCCGCCCCGCGAAAGCAUCGAGCUGGCCAUGAAUACUGAAAAGAACUCCUGGAAUGAACCACAGAUUCGUACUCUCCGGUCGACUCAGAGGCCCGGUUGGAUGAAAUUGCUGGCUGUAACUGUUUUACUUGCUCUUGUCUUUGGGUUCAAAAUCAUCUUUACAGAGGGAGCCUGCUUACGGCAGUCACCAAGCGUAGAAGACGUCCUUCGUCAGGCUCCUUUGAUAGACGGGCAUAAUGACUUUCCGAUCUGGAUCCGAGCGUUCUACCAGAAUCACAUCUAUCAGGAAAACUUCACGUACGACGGCCCACUCUUCGGACAGGUUGAUUUCCCCCGCCUUGCUCAGGGCCGUCUGGGAGGCCAAUUCUGGAGUGUUUAUGUGGAAUGCCCCAAGACAGCCAACGAGUAUUCUGACGAGACCUAUUUCGAAAUCCAACGAGACACACUGCAACAAAUUGACCUGGUCAAUCGGCUAGUCCGCGCCAACCCCGAUAUGCUGGAACUGGUCCACUCCAGCACCGACGUGUGGGAGACAUUCAGCAAUCGGCCGACUCGCAUCGCCAGCGUCAUGGGCAUCGAGGGCAUCCACCAGAUCGCCAACAGCGCCAGCAUCCUCCGUCUAUACCACAGGUUAGGCGUACGCUAUGCCACACUGACACACGAAUGCCACAACGCCUUCGCCGACAGCGCCACCCCGGCCCGACCACUCCAUGGCGGGCUGUCCGACGCAGGACGCACCCUCGUCGGCGAGAUGAACCGCCUGGGAAUGAUUGUGGAUCUGGCGCACGUCAGCUACGAGACGAUGCUCGCGGCCCUGGACGUGACAACCGCACCCGUCAUCUUCUCGCACUCUUCUGCCUAUGCAUUGUGCCCUCAUCCGCGGAACGUGCCGGACGACGUACUCUGGAAAGUGAAAGGGAACGAUGGAGUCGUCAUGGUGAGCUUCUACGCGUCCUACACACGGUGUGAUGAUCCGGAUCAGGCUACCAUUGAGGAUGUCGCCGACCAUAUCCAGUACAUUGGCGAGUUGAUCGGCUACCGGCAUGUCGGACUGGGGUCGGAUUUUGAUGGAAUGCCGGCGGGGAUCAGGGGGCUGGAGGAUGUCAGCAAGUAUCCGGAUCUCAUCGGCCUCCUGCUUCGUCGGGGAGUCGGCGUGAAGGAGCUGGCUGGAGUAGUUGGGGGCAAUGUGCUGCGGGUUUUACGGGCAGUGGAGGACGAGGCUGCAUCGCGGGCUGACGAACUGCCUCUCGAGGAUGAUGUGAAGCCAUUCUUCUCUUAG